CGCGCUACGUCGUCCGACAGCUGCGGUGCGUUUCGUCUGCGAUAUUCGUAUUUCAUUUCGUGUUUUAUUAUUUUUUUCCCACCAACAACAUUUUAUAAUUAACAUUUUAUUUCUAUGGCCUUUUUCGCGACCCGAGCUUGUAAACGUUCCGUUUGCGAUUCGUUUAAAUAACCGGUAAUCGAAUUUGUGCGUGUGCGCUAGUGCGUCAACAGCAGAGACAACGGUUGAAAAUCCACGUUUUUUUAACCUUCGCAAGCCAUGUUCAAAUGUUUUCUGGUAUGCGGAUUUCCUUCAUCGUACACUGUCAGACCUAGACAAUAUGACGGAUGUGCUUUCCAAUGCCAGUUCUUAUCGAUGCGAUAAAACUAAUUGUUUUGUGUAUCGAAAAUGAUCGUGUGGACAGGUUUGCGAUAUACAAUGCAGUGGUUUGUGGUUCUUGUGUUGUUGCUUGCAUACCGGUUGGAACCUGCCAAUUCAUUCAGUUACCAUGAAUGCAAUAAUUCGCUGGGGAUGGAGUCUGGUAAAAUACUAGAUUCAGACAUAGUCUCUAGUUCUUCUUAUGACUAUGGAACUGGACCACAAAGAGGCCGGCUGAAAUAUGAAGGCAGCGGUGGUGCUUGGUGUCCGAAGGGUAUGAUAUCGAACGACGGCCGACAGUAUUUGGAGGUGAACCUGCAAGGGUUGCACGCGGUGACGGCCAUCAAAAGCCAAGGUCGGUACGGCAACGGGUCCGGUAAAGAGUUCGUCGAAGAAAUAAUGAUAGACUAUUGGAGGCCUGGUUCCAACAAGUGGACGCGGUGGAAAGGCAGAGACGGUAAACAGGUUUUGCAAGCAAACAGGGACACGAAUACAAUAGUAGACCGAUCCUUGGUGCCAGCAAUCAUAGCAUCGAAAAUCCGUUUAGUGCCUUACAGCGGACAACCGCGGAUGGUUUGCCUUCGAGCUGAAAUCAUCGGUUGUUAUCAUUACGAAGGUGUAAUCAGCUAUUCGGUAAUACAGGGUGAUGUAAAAGACACGGGUUACGACGGCCGCGAGGAAGGUGGUAUAUUGCUCGGCGGUAUAGGACAACUCUGCGACGGUCGAUACGGAAUCGAUGAACCGUUCGUGAAAAAAUACAACGAAUGGGUCGGAUGGAAAAACGACACUAUGGGCUAUGGGUCAUCAGUAGAAAUGACUUUCGAGUUUGACAUCGUCAGGAACUUCACCGCCUUGUACAUGCACUCAAACAACGACUUUCGUCAAGGCGUUCAAGUUUUUUCGCAUGCCAAAGCUUAUUUUAGCGUGGGCGGUGAACAUUUCUUUCCGGAACCCGUGUCGUACACAUACCCGGCGGACACCAUCAUGCCCGAAGCCAGAAACGUCACAGUCAAACUUCACCAUCGGACCGGCAGGUUCCUUAAACUACAACUGUUUUUCGCCAAUAAAUGGAUGAUGAUCAGCGAGAUAUCAUUCGAAUCAGUUGUAAUGCCUGGAAUUUGGCCCCCCGAGGAAGCGGAAGAGCCGAUUUUCUUCCCGAACGACAAUAGCGUCAAGUCGAACAACGGAGGCAACGAAUUACAAAGGGACGAAGUUAAAUCGGCCGACCAUAAAGAAGAGAGAAACACACCUGUUGGAGGCAUGCCACAACACACAAAAAAUCGGGAUGACGGUGUAAUCGGCAGUGGUGGCGGUGGCGGCCACCGCCUGAUAAGUCUGCUAGUGGGCGCAUUAUCGGCGGCCACUGUACUGGCCGGAGCGUCAGUGGCAUUCGUGAUGGUCCGCCGACGUCGGCUGAUCCAGCAAGUGUCGCGACGCAGUCGGAGUUCGUCGUUCCAAGAGUGCACGGGUGACAAACCACAUCUGCCACCGGCCAUACACCUGACGGAACUUCCGGUGCGGGUGAACGCUAACGGACACGUAUAUGGUCAAGUAGACUUGGACGACGACUCGGACAAGAGCAACAGCAAUUACCAAAGACCAUAUGGUGUGGUACGCCGACCAUCCGUGCUCUUAAGUCCAGAUUACACGGAUGUUCGAGACAUCGUCGCCCAGGAAGAAUAUGCCAUACCACACGUUCGACGGUCGGCGUCCAAAACUUUAACGCUUCACAGAAGUCAGAUGUCCGUUCACGACGACUCGUUGCCGCGCCAUCACCAGACGCUGGAGAAGUAUUACGCUGCAUCGGAUAUUUGCCAGGUGAAUGCCCCUCCGCCACCCCGAUCGCCACCUCCCACGUCAUCCAGGUCGAGCAGUAGCCGGGGAGGAGGUGCCAGCAACGCGUCCACUUGUCCGCUUACCAGGUCCGACGACACGCUUUGCCAGUUACCGCCGGAAAUCCCCCGGGAAUACCUGGGCGUCGUCCAAACACUGACCAAGACGCAUUUUGGAGAGGUACAUUUGUGCGAAAUGAAAACGCCAUCUGACGAAAUGCUACAGCCAGCGACUUCGUCCGUCAAUAAGACGUGCAAGUUGGUCACCGUGAAGUCGCUGAGAAAAGGCGUGUCCGAAUCGACCAAGCACGAUUUUUACGAUGAAGUAGAAUCCCUAUGGAAAAUCAGAGAUCCGAAUAUCACUAGAGUACUGGGAUGCUGCCUAACCGAGGAACCAUUCUGUUUAAUAACCGAAUUUAUGCAACAUGGCGAUCUGAAUCAGUUUCUUCAGGAACACAUUGCCCUGACCGCUGCACCGAUACCGCCAUAUGCGAAAACCUUGAGUUAUGGAUGUCUAAUACACAUGGCCACCCAAAUAGCUUCGGGGAUGAAACAUUUAGAGGUCAUAAAUUUCGUCCAUCGCGAUUUGGCUGCGAGAAACUGUUUGGUCGGCCCUAAUUACACGGUCAAAGUGUCCAAUAUGAGCCUGAGCAAAAGCGUAUACUCGGCGGACUAUUUUGACUUUGAGGGAAGACCUUCGCUACCGAUCCGCUGGAUGUCAUGGGAGAGCAUACUUUUGAACAAAUACACACCGAGGAGCGACGUUUGGUCGUUUGCCGUCACGUUGUGGGAAAUACUGACGUUCGCCCGAGAACAGCCGUACGAAGAGCUCAGCGAUCAACACGUCAUCGACAACGUCACCAGGCUGUACCAGAACGACGGCAAUUUCAUCCUGUUGCCUCAGCCCAUCAAUUGCCCCAAAGAAAUUUACGAUCUCAUGUGCGAGUGUUGGCAGAGAGACGACAAAAGUCGUCCGAAUUUCCGAGAAAUACAACUAUUCUUGCAGCGAAAAAAUUUGGGAUAUAAACCCGAAUGUGACCCUUAAAGUAUAAACCUAAAGAAUCAUAAUAUGUUUGUUUAAAGCUUUACUAUACUUACUAUAUACAUAUUUUAUAUACAUGUAUAUUUUGAAUUGCAGGCUCGUAUUUCGUUCCAUUUUUAUGUACCCUAUACCUAUGUAUUUUUUUACGCGUAUAUUAUAAAUUACUGUGUAUAUAAAUAAUAUUUUGUUAUAAAGUGUAAAUAACAUUUUUACCGAGUUUUUGAAUAAUAAUUUAAGUUUUACGUUUGAUUUUUAGCAUUAUCGUACGAAAUAUCGCUUCCAGGCAUAUUGACUAGGCAUUAUAGUGAGAUUACUGACGGCGAUCGCCUGGCCCUAUUGUAUUUUUGUGUACAGUUGGCGAUCACCGUAAAAUAAUAUUAUGAUUAACGCGUGUAACAUAUCUAAUGGUAAAAUACAUUUUUCAUUUGUGUUAAGUAGAAUCGACCGUAGUUGUCGUCGUAUUAUAUAGCGUAGUAGGGAGUAAUUUAUAGUUUUGAACCCAUUAUAAUACACAAGUACCUAUAUAUAACAUAAUAAUAUACGAACAUGUAGAGGUACCUACUCGUCACUACUUAGUAUUUUGUAUAGCUUACAGUGUUCUAUACAUUAUAAUAUUAUAAUGUAUUAAUAUAUAAAAUCAAAAUAGAUUAACCACCUCCGUUUAAAUAAUUUGUUCAAUGAAUUUCGUUGUUACAAUAUACUUCGGUUUUAAUAUUAAAAUAUAACGAUUCACUAUUAUUCGUAGUUGCCGGAUAUAUCAUAAUUAGAAUUAGAAAAUAUGUUAAACUUAAAUUAGCAUAAAAAGUCAUUAUUUCACUUAAAAUAUAAAAAUAAAACUUAUAGUAAAAAAUUGUCAAAAUUUUUUUGUAGAAUAAAUCAAAAGACAAAAUAAUAUUUUAUCCUGAACGAUAAUAUUUACUUUUGAAUUUUUGACGUAAGUACUUAUAUAAUUAUGUACAUUGUACGCUUAAUAAUAUUUUGAUUACUACCUACCUAUAUAAAAAUAACUCAUGUAAUUUUAAUAUGUGUAUAAUGUAUGUUAUGAAUGGGUUGGAAAUAUACCAACAAUUAUCAAUAUAAUAUAAUACAUAACAUUGAGGGAAGACGAUAUUACCUUGGUAUUAAUGUAUUAUGUAUAUCAAAUUACGAUAUCAUAUUUUCAAUUGUUAACAUUAAGACGUUUCUUCAUAUCUUUUUUGAGACGAUGGUCUUCAAUAUGAACGCUGUGUGCCGUGAUGACAUAUAUAAAAUAUAAUAUAAAUAUAUAUAUAUAUAUUUUUUUUCUUAAAAUUUGCUCUAAAUGUUUUAUUUUAACGUAAUAGUAAAACGUAUUCUAUGAAUGUGUUAUUAUUACUAUCAGUUAUUAAUUGUAUUUUAACGCAUAUUAAGUAUGAUAUAGUAUAUCUAAUGAUAUUAUGUUUAAUGUAUGAAUCGUCUUUAUGGUGCUAAAAUCGAUAUAUCACAUGUACGCGCAUAACGCAUUUAACGUACGUAAACAUAAUAAUAAUAUAAAAAAAAUAGCUUGGCAAAUAUGAAUUGGAUAUUUUUAUUCGCCCAAAUGGAUUUACUAUUUUUUUUUUCUUUUCGUCCCGGUACUCUAUUUGUAAUUUUUAUAAUAUUUUACAUGAACCAUAAUUUUUAAUGUUAGCUAUUAAGGACAACAGUUUAUUGACAACUAUAAUACCUACUUAUAUUACCUACCGAUACUACUACUACACUACUACCAUGACUAUUACUACCAACCACUUACCCCUACUAAACAGUUACUACCAUACUAAUACUUACCACUUACAGUACUAUUAUAGUUGUUAUAUCAUAUUAUAUACCAUAUGGUAAUAUUAUAUAGUGCAGUUAAGUACAUACGUCGAUGUUUGAUUUUCGUGUAAUCCAAUUAUGACGAUGUAGUAUCUAGUCAUUUAAUGUUAUACUUAUCAAUUUAUCAUUAAUCCUAUGUAUUCGAUUGAUAUUAUUUUCAUAAACGUAUAUUAUAUUAUAUUAAUUAUUAUAUAAGAAAAAAUAAUAAUAAGUUUUACAAUAAAUGUGUGACUCGUGUAAUAUUAUAGCCAUAUAAAAAAAAAUUAUAUAUACCUAAUAUUAUUAAAAUGUAUAGAAAACUCAGGGUCACUGAUAUAUUAUGGUAGUUAUAGACUAUAGUGCAUAACAUGUCAAAAUCACACUACCUAUUAACAUAAUAAUAUUAUUACUCGUCCACAAUGGGUCAACAUUCAUGAGAUAAUAAAAGGUUGUUAAUAUUAUAUAGUAAUAUGUUCUACGUAUGUAUUGUUUCAUUAUCUUAUUUUGGAAGAUGAGUUUAUAAUUACUGAUUUAUUGUGGUUUUUUUAUCAGUAGGCAUCGUUGAACUUUCGGUGUAAACUGCUUUUAAUGUUAAUGCUACUGUUUGUGAAUUUAAAAAAAAAAUUUAUAAUUUUUAAGUUUAUAUUACAUCAUAUAUAUUAUAUACUAUACAUAUUAUUAUAUAUAUAUACGAGUAUAUAGGUACCUAUAGUUUACAGUAUAUAUUAUAAUGGUUGGUAUUGUUAAAAAUACUAUUUGUAAUAAAAUAAGAAAAUGUUAUUUGUUCGUACUUAGAAGAUAUACAAGUUGUACACUCGUAAUGUGUGAACUAAAUAUUUUUAUUAUUUAGAGUACCUAUGAAUGAUACCGAACUCCAUAUUUUUAUUUUUUAUUUAAAAAUAAUAAAAAUAUGUUCAGCAUAGUAAAAACAGAACAAAGAAAAAUCUAUCACAGUUUUCGUUUAAAUAUUUUUGCCAUUUGUGAAGAUAUAAUACUUAUAAGUGUUUAAUUCAUUCGUCUCACUCGUGUAUGGUUUUUUCUCAGAUAGUCAGAUUUCAAUGAUCAAUGAUUCGUAACAGAAAAAUAAAUUACCGAUGUCCUUUUCGUUCUAUUUUAACCAAUUUUAAAUCGUUUAUCUACAUCAAAAUCAUGGACACACGUUGUAAGUAUUAAACAUUUCUAAAUCGAAACUGUUUUUUAUUUAAUGGAUAUUAUAUAAAAACAAUAAUUUUCGCUCGGUAUAAUUUGCUCAAAACGAACGAUCACGAAAAAUUAUUAUAAUAUAUUUCCACAUACCCCAGACUUCUUCAAGAUUGUAUCAUUACAUUAUGCGAGUUAUAGGUAUGUCUAUGUCGAUAAUGAAAAAUUAAAAAAAAAAUUGUAUUUACUUUCACCGCGUAUAAGAGAUUUUUUUGUUAUAGACCACAGGAUAUUAUAAUAUUAUAUUACUAUAUUACCUAAUAAGUAAUAAGUAUGCGCAGAAAAUAUAUAUUGCCAACGGUACCUAAUGAUGAUAAAAUAACAGAAGCAUAAAGAUUUUAUGUUAUAAUAAUAUAAAUCGCUGAGAUCGACUGUGACAAUUGUGUAUAUUAUAAUACGCACUUAACUACUCCGUUUCGUUCAAUUUUUUUUAUCACACAUUUGUCAGUGAAUCGUGAAUGGAUUAUUAUAAAUUUAGGAACACUGCGUUUCAGUGGCGUGGCAAAAUCAAUUUUUUUUAUAAUCACUAAGGCUUUAAUACUCACGAUACCCACGAUAUUCACCCACAGUGAUACGUCAUACUUAUAUAUUUGCCAUCGUAGAUUGACUUUAUAAACACCGAUAUUAAUAAACUAAUAAAAUAAACAUUUCGAUACAAUCCUAGGUAUACCGUAUACCUACGUCAUAUGAAUCGUCGUCGUAUAGUUACCCCGAACCGAAUUUCCCUUUUCAUAUUUCAUCGCAUAUACGCACGCAUAGCCGCAAGGAAAUAGGUAUAGAAAUAUAUAAUAUUAUCAUUUAUUGACCUGUGAAAUCGAUCGCGAGUUAGCCGAUUAAGAAUCGCCAUGAGAACGCAUUUCCUUCAUAAUAUUAUAAUAUCAUAGUACACACAAAUAAAUACCUUCGAUGAUUUUCUUCGACGAAACAAUGACUAGUGAGCCGCUCUCGCCUCGAAAAAUAUUAGAUUGCCUCAUUAACUAUCAAUUCAUCGCCUCCGAUCAGUAAUUAUUCCUUCAGAUUAUUAUAUUUUAUAAAAAACCUGUAUGCUAUUUUUCUAAAUAAUACACAACAAUCACCCACCAACGAUACAAUUUAUUUUGAUUGUGACACUACCAUCACGGAGACUUUGGGUAAAACUGUUUGAAUUUGUGUCACGAUAACCUACACCGUCCAUGUAAAAAUCUCAAGCAUAUUAUUAUCACACGCGUGAGCCUUAUAGGUAGCUACGUAGGUAAAAUCUUAAAAAAAUUGUAUUUUAUUUAAUUCCAAAAAUCAUUUAGCCCUUAACAUCCCCACCCCUGUGACCACAGACGUGACGAGAUGCUUUUGAAGUUACGUUUGAAUACGUGCGGAAAUGAACCAAAUCUUUGUUUCGCACUUUCAUGUUUAUUGACCCCCUCAAUUCCCCUCGUAAGCGUUCACUUCAAACAAUUGACUGGUUGUUCCAUCUCGAUUUCGGCAUCAAUUCACAUAAAAUAAUAAAUUAUGUUAUAAUAUCGAUUCAUUGAUAAACGGUUUUUUUUAUAUCAUUAAUAAUAAUAGUACUCAUAAACCGUAUGCGAUCCAUAUACUUACAUUAUUCGUCAUUUGGUACCAAUACAUUACCUAUAUACUACUAUUUCACUUAUUUAUAAUUCAAUAUUAUUAUUAUGUAAAAUAAUGUGUGUGACUGAAUGUAUAAUUUGUUGACAAUAUCUUCUGUAUAAAUACCAUAUAAUAAUAUUACCAUGUUCAUCAAGAAAAUUAUUGAUGAUUAUUUAUGUAACAAUUUAAACUAUACAGUAUAAGGUAUAAUUUAUUACAAUAAUGUAUUAUGUAACUACUAACUAUAAUAUAGUACUUUACUAUAAGAUAAGUUUUUUUUACGUUGUUUUUGUAUUAUCUCUGUGAUUUAUUUCUUUUUCUUUUUUUAAAAAAACAUAUUUUAUUAUUUGUAAUGUACAGGUCAUGUAUAUUGUCUUUACAAUAAGUUGUCAAAUAUAU